AUGAAGACCUCGACCUCAGCGGCCCCCCACCGCGCCACAUCGACAUAUCCCAGUGGCUUGUUCGCAGCGCGCUCGGCCGUCGUCGGUCUCGCGCGCGUCCUCUUUAUGGGCGUGUCAACUGCUUAUGCUGCGCCGUUAACUACCUUUGAGCACUACCACGAUGACGAACCAGAGGAAGUUGGCGCGAGCCUCUGGGUAUUAUAUGUGGCUUCGCUGGUCCUGGUACUCCUAGGCGGUGCCUUCGCCGGCCUCACCAUCGCCUUGAUGGGCCAGGACGGUAUAUAUCUGCAGGUCAUGGCGCGUGACCCUACCGAGCCCCAACAUAGGAACGCCGGCAGAGUGUUUGAGCUGUUACAGAGGGGAAAACACUGGGUUCUGGUCACCCUGCUGUUGUCCAAUGUCAUCGUCAACGAGACACUUCCCGUUGUCCUUGACCGCUGUCUUGGGGGCGGUGUCGCCGCUGUUGUCGGUUCGACAUUCCUCAUUGUGAUCUUUGGCGAAGUCCUUCCUCAGUCCGUCUGUGUUAGAUACGGCCUUCAGAUUGGUGGCUACAUGUCCAAGCCCGUUCUCGCCCUGAUGUAUCUGAUGGCGCCCAUCGCUUGGCCCACUGCCAAACUGCUGGACAAGCUUCUGGGAGAAGAUCACGGCACUGUCUACAAGAAGAGCGGGUUGAAAACUCUUGUCACGCUUCACAAAAGCCUCGGUCACGUAUCCGAUCGUCUAAACCAAGACGAGGUCACCAUCAUCAGCGCAGUUCUGGACUUGAAGGAAAAGCCAGUCGCAAGUGUGAUGACUCCCAUGGAAGACGUCUUUGUCAUGGCCGAGGAUACUGUCCUCGAUGAGCAGACGAUGGACAUGAUCCUGUCUGCGGGGUACUCCAGGAUUCCAAUUUUCGAAGCCGGGAGCCCGACCAACUUUGUUGGUAUGCUGCUGGUCAAAAUUCUGAUCACGUACGAUCCCGAAGACGGCAAGCUCGUUCGAGACUUCCCUCUGGCCACUCUACCCGAGACCCGUCCCGAAACGAGCUGCCUAGAUAUCGUGAACUUCUUCCAGGAGGGCAAAUCCCACAUGGUUCUCGUAUCAGAAUAUCCAGGUGAAGACCACGGCGCGAUCGGCGUUGUCACUCUCGAGGACGUAAUUGAGGAGUUGAUAGGAGAAGAGAUUAUUGACGAGUCAGAUGUCUAUAUUGACGUACACAAGGCGAUUCGCCGUUUAACCCCUGCUCCGAAAGCAAGAAUGCUUCGUCGGCCAUCAGAGGACCAGUCUCCCAAGCUCAUUGACGAUAGCGCUGUGGUUGUCGAUGGUGCUAAUAGAACAGGAGGCCACGACUUCCAGCGAAAAUCAGCAGACUUGGUUGGCGGCACUCCUGACCCAUCGGUGCUCUCCAGUAGCCCCAGGGCAACGACUUUUAUGAUGCGUAGGAGCUCGGCUGGAGCGGAUGGCCUGCCUGUGAGAACGACCAUUCCGGUUCGGGCAAACUUUGAAGAAAUCAAGCAACAUCUCAGACACCUCGGUCCUUCGAAUCCCGCCACCAAUCCCAAGAACACGCGGUCCACAACGGUGAAGGUCAAGCCCGGUCUUGUGGUUGGAUACCAACAGACCCCCCCUCGCCCUGCAUCUUUCGCCGAAGGAGUCAUAGACACAUCUAUUGAUGAAGGACACGAGCAGGAAGAGGACGAGACAACUAAUCUCUUAGGAGCUCAGUUCAAGGGAAAGGACGGCAUACAGGCCUUGUCACAAACAACGUAUGGCUCCGUGAGUCCGCCUUCGGCGGAGCAGCAUCCAUCACCAAAAUUGCCAGAAAUCAUGCCAUCUUUAUUGGAAACGAAACAUGAAGAGCCGAGCAAGGUGCCGGAUACCGCAACGCAGACCCCGUCGAAAAGAGCCCAGGUGGACGGGAGUCCUGAAGCAUCUGGUCCUGCACAUUCGUCCGGCUCCAACAGUGACACCGGUUCACGACCAGAACUCCACCUCGUUCCGAAACGGGCCUCCGUCCGCAGCGGAAGCAUCACCGAGAAUGUGAUUGAAUCUCGUGGCGUACGAAAGGUAAUCCUUGAGACGACUAGUUCUAAUGAUGACGACGACGUCGCCGUGAUUGGAUCUUCGCCAGAACACUCAAGAUCGCAAAGUAAAAUCACUGGGUUUUUUGGCAAGGCCCCCGUCCUCGAGGCUGAAGAGGAGGAAGAGGAGGAGGUCACAUCGCCUACUGGGGCACUAAGUACCUCGGAACUAUCGACGGCGGGGGGGUCGACGACCGGAGCCAAGUCUGGGGGAGGAAGCGGAAGCGCCAGUGGCAGCAAGAAGAAGACUAGACGGAAAAAGCGCAAGGGCGGUAAGUCGUAG